AUGAAGUUUAAGGAGCUUUUCGGGAGUUUUACGAAUCAUCGGGUUGAAAACCGGAGCACCGGGACGCGUUAUGGAUCAACCGGGAGUGCGAGAAGUGAAAAAUGGGAAGUUGGUAAUCGAGAUCGUGGCAAUCCCGUGAACGAAGACCCAGUCUUCAACAUAGACGAUUUGAGGAACGCUAUCCCCGAUGACGAACCAUAUAGUGUUCCCGGUUACCAAUCGCCGGAACAUGUAAGUGUUCAUACGAAAAAUUCGGAUGAUGGGGGAUAUUAUGAUGAUCGGGCUAACGAUGACGAAGACUGGGGAUAUGUGAAUCAGGGUAAUUUCUACAAUGCAAGAGGGUAUGAAGAUGAGGAGUUUGGUUACCAAAACGCCAACUAUGUGGGGAAUGAUGAUUAUGGGUAUGGGAAUAGGAGAAAUGACGGUUACGAGAACAACCGUCAACCAAGAAACAACAACCAAAGGAACCGAAAUGAUGGGUUUUACAACAACAAUAACAAUGUCAACCCUAAUUGGAUCCCUCGUUUCUUGGGAGGAGGUAAUCAAAGAGGUAAUCAAGGUAGGAAUCAAGGCGGGGAUAUAAGGGGUGAUCGAAGGGACAACUGA